AUGCCUUCCCCACGAGCCAUACUUAUGCAGAGGAUCAAGGAACUGAUCAUGGAGGAUGGGGGAGCGGCGAAUAAGUCUUCUAAGCCCAUAGAUUCAGACAUCACAUCAUGCGUCAAGCUUGCAAGUCCUUCGAUGGACAUGGAUAUCUCAGCUACACUCAAGACUGAUCUUCCACCCCCUGACUCUCCUAGCGAGACUGUUUCUCCCGGACAGCCAUCAAGCCAUCUUGUGGUGGAUAACUUACAGCCAGUCUCCUCCAUCUCUGCGGUUCAAAUUCUAGACGAUCUAGUUAUCAAUAAAGAGUCACCUCCUACCCCACCACCAUCUCCUAAACUCUACCGUCCCCAGGAAGCGAAACCAACACACUCAUCUCCGGCCUCGCUCGUGGACCCAGGUAUCCAGUACCUGCGCUCAAUCUUCAACUUGCCCACGUCGACAUAUGAUCCCGUCGACCCAUCCGCACCCAUUCCGCAGUUCAUAAACUCGACCAACGCCCCGAUCCUCGCCUCCAUCGACUGCGAAGCCUGGGAAGACGAUCGGCGCAGCGUGCAAGAGGUUGGUUUCGCCUUGCUCGAUAUACGCAAGCUCAGUGGUGUCGCACCAGGCAUAGCAGGAAGGGAGUGGAUGCAUCUGAUUGAAUAUCAUCAUUACAUCACGGAGGAGUACAAGCAUCUCGUCAACAAGCGCCAGCUCAAGGGCUGUCCUGAUAAAUUCCUCUUUGGCCAGAGCAAGGUUGUCAAGAAGGCAGAGUACAAUGCUGUGUUGAGCGAUCUGCUGACCAUCGAAGACGAUCUUGUGCAGAGUGGUGGAAAGAAGGAGAAGUAUAGGAGGAUUGUCCUUGUUGGCCAUUCCCUCGCAGACGACGUCAAGUACCUGGGACUCUGCGGGUUUGAUGUCGUUGCGCAUAUCCAGUCGCUUCUUCCGGAUGGCCACCCAUCCCCUACGGCGUCUCAGACCUCACCCAAAAUUUCUAUCAGUCCUACACAGGAUCCAACCCAGAAGAACAAAGAAACGCCAACGCCACCACCACCAUACCACCGGCCCCAGCCCACAUCUUACCCUAUCCCCACCCUCGACACCCACACCCUCAUUCAAGCCCUCUCCCCCCCAAGCUCCCCAGACCACCCCACUCAAAAGCUCAUCCUCAGCGUCGGAAAGCUUAUAUACAUGUUCACGCCUCCCUCGUCACCCUGCAAAUCACAACAUCUCCCACCACCACACCUGCACAACGCAGGCAACGACGCAGCAUAUACCCUCCACGCGCUAAUCCUACUUGCACUGCGCUGUGGCGAGCAAGUGGACGUGCCGUACUGGCCGUAUGACCUGCUCACGUUCGUGCAGCGCAGACGGCGGGACGAGAGGUAUCUGCAGGCUGUGUUGGAGAUUAAAUUGGGAGGAGCAUUUUGGGGGGUUUGGAGGGGUUUCAGGGGGAAGAUUCCUUUGGUGAAUGGUGAGGAUGGUCAUGGUGGGGGGAAGAGGGAGGUGGUACAGGGAGAGGUGCAGAUUGUCAGAAAGGAGAUUACGGAGGCUCAGAGGGAGAGGAGACGCCGGGGAAGACGAAAUGCGAAGGAGAAUGCGCGGAAGAGGAGGGCGGAGGAGGAUGCGAAGAAGUGCAGUGGCGUAGGUGUGGGUGGGGGUGAGGGUGAUGAGAAGUAUGACUCUGGUGUUGAGAUUGAGGGAUGA